AGGCGCUCUCCCGCUGCCCUUCCUGCCCGCGGAUGAGGGCCUGGCGAGGGCUGCGGAGGGCCGCCGCCGCCGGCUUCUGCUCCGGGCACGGCGCGGCCGGCGGCGGGAGGCCUCGGAGGCGGGCGUGGGAGACGUCGCUGUCGCCGCUGGAGCGGGUGAGGCGGCUGCUGCCGCCGGAGGAAGCGGCGGCGCUGGGGCGGUGCGCGGCGGCCCCUCAGGCUCCCCCGGAGGAGCAGGAGCAGGAGGAGGCAGCCGCCGCCGCCCCUCAGGCGCCUCUCGAGGCGGCGGGAGCGCGCCCCGGCCCUUUCCGCGCCGGGGAGCUGGCGCUGGCGGAGUUGCGGAGGAAGCACAACAGGACGUUGAAGCUGCUGUGCCGGCUGGCGGCGGAUUCGGCGCUGGCCAGCCCCGGCGGCCCCGUGCCCCACCGCGACAUCAUCGGGCGGCUGCCCGGACAGGUGCUGCGCACGUCGGGCGGGACGCGGGUGCUGCUGAGGCGGCCCUCGCUGGAGGAGUACGUGCUGCUGAUGCCCCGGGGACCCACCAUCGCCUACCCCAAGGACAUAAGCGCGAUUUUAAUGAUGCUGGAUAUCCACCCGGGAGACACCGUUUUGGAAACUGGCAGCGGGUCUGGUGCUAUGAGCUUGUUUCUGUCAAGGGCAGUUGGGCCCAAGGGACGUGUUAUAAGUUAUGAGAUCAGGGAUGAUCAUCAUAAUUUAGCUAAGAAGAAUUACAGGCACUGGCGUGCUGCAUGGAAAACAGGACAUAUGGAAGAGUGGCCAGAUAAUGUGGAUUUCAUUCUUAAAGACAUUAAAACAGCUGCUGCAGAUAUGAAAUCUAUAACACUUGAUGCAAUAGUUCUGGACAUGCUUAACCCUCAGUGUGCUCUGCCUGUUGUACACCCGAGUCUGAAACAGGGUGGCGUGUGCGCUGUGUACUUAGCGAACAUCACACAGGUUAUUGACCUCUUAGACAGAAUACGGACCUGCAAGCUCCCUUUUUUGUGUGAAAAGAUCAUAGAAGUAGCUCAUAGAAAUUGGUUGGUAAUACCUGCUAAAAUCAAGAAUUGCAAAUCGAGCCAAAUGGUGGAAACUCAAGACAAUAUUGAAGAACCCGUUCAUAAGGAAUACGAAGAAAUCCACAUUCAGGAUCAAGUAGUUCUUAAAGAAAGUGAAUACAACGAAUCAGUUUCUGAGGAUGAUGAAAUAUACUGCUCGGUGCCUUACGUUGCUAGACCAUCUUAUUCACAGGAUGCUCAUUCAGCAUUCCUUACCAAGCUGAGGAAGUUUGGACCACUGCUUUCCUGAUGCUGCUGAGAUGUUAGCUGCUAAUUUGAAUAUUGUAUCAGAAUUAAAUAAAGUGUUACAAAGUA